AUGAAGAGGAUAAUAAUAAGGAUAAGGAUUCUAAGGAAUAUUAUUAAGGAUAAGAACGAUAGUAAAGAAGAUAAUAAGGAGGAGGAUAACGAGGAGGAGAAUAAGGAGGAAGAGGAUAAGGAGGAAGAGGAUAAGGAGGAGGAGGAUAAGGAGGAAGAAGAUGAGGAGGAGGAGGAUAAGGAGGAGGAGGAUAAGGAGGAGGAUAAAGAGGAGGAGGAAGAUAAGGAGGAGGAUAAGGAGGAGGAGGAAGAUAAGGAGGAUAUUACCGCCGUUCCUAAGCCGUCCGCCGCCGCCGCCCUUAAACCGUCCGCUACCGCCGCCUCUAAGUUAUCCGUCGCCGCCGCCCUUAAAUUAUCCGCCGCCGCCGCCCUUAAACCGCCCGCUACUACCCUUAAGUUACCCGCCGCUAUACCUAAACCGUCCGCCGCCGCCGCCCUUAAACCGCCCGCCACCACCCCUAAACCGUCUAUUACUACCCCUAAGCCUAUUAAUCUAUCGCCUACUAAGAAAUAA